AUGGAAGUUACAAGAGUUGAUGUUAACCUACAUACAGUGAACACAGAUGUGUUCGAUCCGGGGAAUUAUGAUCCUAUGUUCCUUGUUCAAAUUACGUUACAAAGAAGGCUUGAAAUGUGGUUGAGUGUCAUAGACCAAGAAGAAUUACUAAUGGCCGGUCAACACCAGAUUGAUUCAGAGUCAGGCUGUGUGUUCGAAGUUCCUAUUCAAGAAGUUGCCGUGCCUGCUUCAUUCAUCCAUUACCUUGCCCAAAGGAUUUCUGGUUUCAACCUUGAUGCUUCCCUCUGUGUGGAUUUAGCCUCAUUGAUUGCUUCCCAUGCUUACCAUAUAGAGGGACAUUGUAGAGGAUUCUAUGUGUCAGCUCAUGUAGACCUUGUUGAUGUAGAUGUAAACGAAGUUGCGGCCUCGGAGAUUAGGCCAAUAUUAGAUAGCGAAGGUUUCACUCUACCAAGGGGUGCAUCGGAGACAGUGUUGAAGAAGAGGUUUUAUAAGAAGCAGGGGGAUGCUGAUUCUUCUUCAUGUAGUACUUGUGUGGUUUGCUUGGAGGACUUUUCUAGUUCAGUUAAGCUCACAAAGUUACCUUGCUCUCACGUGUUUCAUGACAAAUGCAUCUUUCGUUGGCUGCUAUACUCUAAAUCCUGCCCAAUUUGCAGAACAGAAGUGGAAUAG